AUGCUGUUAAUACCUCUCAUUUCUGUGUGUGUGUGUGUGUGUGUGUGUGCGUGCACACGUGUGUGUCCUCUAGGCCUCGUGAAAAUAGCCUCCAGGCUGGGUCUGAGAUUGCUGCCACCUCGAAAGAAGAUAAUAGUGAUGAUUAUGGGUAAUCACUCAGCCGGGAAAAGCUCCUUUAUUAACUGGUAUGUCGAGGAGCACAUUCAGAAAACCGGCGUUGCCAUAGAAACGCAAGGGUUCACGUUCAUCACCAGUGGCAGGAAACGGGAAUCGCUAACCGGCAAUGCCACACUGCAUCUUUACCCACAUUUCCGACCGCUCCUGGAGUUUAAAGGACUCACGGACUACCUUUCUGCUGAAAUCUCCACCUCAAAGCAGAAGAAGUUCAGCCUGGUGACGUUUGUGGACACGCCCGGCUUGGUGGACGGAGACAUGGUGUAUCCCUUCGACGUCAACAGCGCCAUCACAUCUUUUGGCGAGCAGGCGGAUCUGAUCUUCGUGUUUUUCGACCCGAUGGGCCAGGCGCUGUGUAAGCGAACGCUCAACAUCGUGGAGAAGCUGAGUGAGAAAUGCGGAGACAAAUUACGCUUCUACCUCAGCAAAGCUGACGAGGCAGGACGGGAGACGGACAGACAGAGAGUAAUGAUGCAGAUAGUUCAGGAGCUGUGCCGCAGACCAGGACUCAACAAAUGCGGCUUUGAAAUGCCGACGAUUUACAUCCCCAAUCCUCAGAGACCGAGCAGGUGCGUGAAUCAGAUCGACGAGGUGUGUGAGACAAUAGAGAAGAGCAUUAACCAGGCGGUGCAGAAGACCUUGGACCAGCUGGAGAAAGACUGUGACCUCAUCACCUCCUCCAUCAGCAGCAAGCUGGAGCAGGACAGGAAUAACGUGAGUUAUAAUAAAAGCAGCCGCUUUAACGCCGUCCUCUGCGGGUUUCUGGCCAUCUUCCUUCCCGCCGUCUUCAUCAUCAGCUUCCUCAUCAAUGUAUUGUUCCCAAACGAUUUAGGAGCCCUGGUGGGGGAGGGGCUUGCCACAACGCUGUACACUGUGAUGGCAGUAGUGCUGUAUCUGUGGGAGUGGAUCCCUGAAGAUGGACAGGUGGUGGCUGUGAUGAUCUUCGGCGUGACCUGCUACUUUUUCUUUAUCCUCGCAAGGUAUUUUGCACGCCAGGGCAGUAAAACUCUCACCAAGAAAGAAAAGAAGAAUCUGAUGGACUGCAGUGGAUAUGUUAAAGAUGUCCUCAAAGCCAAAAAGAAGAAACUCUACGAAGAAUAUCUGAAGCAGUGCGCAGCCGAGUACGACUUCAACUGACCGCCAGAGGACUCCCUGACCAUCAGGAAAAUGUAGCAAGCACAUCUCAGGUUAAACCUUAAAGUCGGUUCAUUAUUAAACGCAACUUUACCACAUGCGCAAACUCGCAAUAUAUUUCGUACAGGGGUCAGUUGUAUGCACUCCAACUUCUGAAGUGAUAAAAAUACGCAGUGCCUUUUUCAUUUCACGUGAAUGACCGAUCCUGAGAACUGAACAUCAGCCUGUGUGUGUGUGUGUGUGUGUGUUAAUCUGUGUAACUCAGCCAGCAGAAUAGUAUUGUUUACAAGUCAAUACACUGCACUGAUUCAACAAAGUCUUAGGAGACCUUUAGUGUAUUUGGAGCCAGAUCUCAAGUAUGUAGAAGGCUUGAAAAGCUAACACGUGAAUGUGAACAUCGUUUUGAUUUUUUUCCAGCCGUAGACUGUGACUUCUGAUCAAACGAAGCUGCCUUUAUUUCCUCUCCCUAUCUUUUAUCACAUGUGAAUAUGUGUGUCCGGGUUUGUUUUAUUUCUCUCAUAUCAUGCUGUGGUCUUGAUCCUAAAGCAAAAUCGUUGUUAUAUUACUUUUCUUGUAGUAGAAUGUUCUAGAAAAUUCUUUACUACUCACUGUAUUCGAGUGUUUUGUCAUCUAUACUCUAUAAUAUAUUUUAGAAUAUAUUCGUAUUUAUCUUAAUUAUUUAUAGGUAAAUAAUACCCCGUAAUGCACGUCACUGUCUUGGGAAGUAACGUUACAGCUAGUUUUCCGAUUUUAGCCGAAAGUAUGAGAUGAGAAGAUUCUAUAAGAGUGUGAGAUGAUGAUGCGUCUUCCAUGUCAGGUUAUACGAUGAUGAUCCUCUUAAUUAUAGGACAGCGAUCGAAGAAAAUGACUGUGUUCUGCUCAGCAGUCAGUUGUGAGCCAGUCUGAUUCAGAAAGGGAGCCUGAAGUAAUAAGGAUAUUUAUUUCUUUUUAUUAGAGCGCUAAGCUAAUACGCCCAUGUCCGUCCUCUUAUUAAUGGCUUUUAGAUGAGCUUUAUAAGAGCGCCCGGUCUCACACACACAGCCAGAACUCGUCGAAUGCCUCUGGUCCCAAAUCGUCCAGCAGAUCUCAACUCGCGAGCAAAGAAUUUAUAUUUUUUAAUGAUUUUCCUUCGAAUGUGAAUUUUGCCUGUGACAGCGAAGUCAGGAUAAAAAACACACACAGUGUAAUUACGGCUUAAGACCAUAAACCAUGUUUGAGACACUGAUAUGGAUUCAGUCCAACACCGGCUGGAAGCACAAUGUAUAAAAAACAAACACUUCAUUUAUAGUAUUAAUCCUUGUGUCCUGACUUGUAAUAAAUCGUAGAUUUGGGAUUUUUAGUCCUGGUUGCACUGCUGAUUUUAGAGUUUCCUGCUCAUUAAAGUUUAUAUACUCCUGUUCCACCGUUGUUUUAAAUGUAUAUACCAGCAUCAUAAGCCCACACUUCUUAAGUUAACAUGUGUCUUGUGUGUUUUGUGUGGUAUUGGAAUCAUAUCACAGCAACCCAUUAAGCUAAAAGGUUUCCAGGGUUGUAGCUCAUAGCCACGCCCCCUCCCAAGCUAUAGCAUGGAGACAUGCCCCCUCCAGGGCUAGAGCACAGAGAUAUGCCCCCUACAAAGCUAUACCACCGAUCCACAUCCCCUCCAGGGCUAUGGCACAGUUACACACCCCUCCAAAGCUAUAGCACAGAGAUAUGCCCCCUACAAAGCUAUAGCACUGAGCCACGUCCUCUCCAGGGCUAUAGCACAGCGACACGCCCCUCCAAAGCUAUAGCACAGGGACUUGCUCCCUCUAAAGCUAUAGCUCAGAGCCACGCUCCCUCCAGGGCUAUAGCACAGAGCCACGCCUCCUCCAGGGCUACAACACAGAGACACACCCCUCCAAAGCUAUAGCAUAGAGUCAUGUCCCCUCAGGGGCUAUAGCACAGAGACACACCCUCUCCGAAGCUUUAUCACAGAGCCACACCCCCUCCACGGCUAUAGCACAGAGACACGCCCCCUCCAAAGCUAUAGCACAGAGACACGCCCCCUCCAAAGCUAUAGCACAGAGACUUGCCCACUCCAAAGCUAUAUCACAGAGAUACUCCCCUCUAGGGCUAUAUCACAGAGCCACGCCCUCUUCAAAGCUAUAGCACAGAGCCACACCCCUUUCAAGUCUAAGAACCAAAAAAGGUUGUUUUUUUUUCACAGCCAUGCCACAGAAGAACCAUUUUUAGUUCCCCAAAGAACCUUUCAGUAAAUGGUUCUUAAAAGAUAAAAACAUUUGUAUGUCCUAAAGAACCUUUUUCCACCACAUGGUGGAAAACCCAGGACCCACCAUGUUCCCAGGAUGUCAAAGGUUCUUCAUAGAACCAUACUCCCUGAACAAGAACCAUUUCAUUUAUUUUUUAAGAGCAUUAAUAUAUUUGUAGUCUGUUUGUGUAGCUGUGGUGUGGUGAUGAGUAACAGAUCCUUCUGGAAUCGGUCGGCUUCAUCACCUUAAAUAUAGAGUAUGUUUUUAUUUUUCACUUUUAAACAGUAUCAGGUUGAUGGUAGAGUAUUAUAUAUUCAUCAGCACCACACUACACGUUAGUAUUAUUUAUACAUCUUUACUUAUUAGCCAACACGUAUUGUCAUGAUCAUAUACUGAGAUGCAGGAGCCAGAAGUGAAGCUGCGGCUGAUUUCUUUCUAUCCCAGACUGUAGAUUUAUGUCGUCUAUGUAGCAGGAACAUCUCUUAGAUUUAGACUAGCUUCAUGUAGCCUGGUAUCUUGCAAACAUCACACAACUUCUCAUCAGCGAUUUGAAUCAGAAGCUCAAAUAUGAGGCUUGGACAUUCCUAUUCACGAUAGAUAUCUGACCGCAAAAAAUACACCAUGCAGCCGGACGAAAAUCAGCAGAACUGGGACUUUUUAUUAUUCAUUAUUUCCUCAUUAAUAAAAUACAAAUCGUCUAAUAUAUAAACUCUAUUUUACCAAUGGUUUAUUAGGUACAAAUAAAAUAACAUCAUUACUAAAUAAACUGUUAAGCAAGGUUGCCAGAUAUUUAGGUAUUCUAUCGGGUUUUCCUGUGACUUUGUAAAAAAAAAGGUUUUCUAAAUGCAUUUUUAAAUCCACAAUCCUUUUAUAAUGUUGCUGUCUGAUUUAUUACACGUCUCCUAGAGGCGAUUCCUUCUUGAAAAUUUUAUACUUGCUCCUUUUAAAACAAUAACGAAAACCUCAUAGAUGGUGAAAAGUGUCUUCCAGAGCGAAGUGCCAGAACAAAGCUGUGCUCCAUUAUCGUGACUCUUCUGUCUGUUGUAUUGUAACUGCUGAUGAAUUUGAUCUAAAAUAAAUGUAAAAAAUUAUUAUUA